GAUAAAUAUGGUCAUUGGGUGAAAUCGCCUAUAGCCGUGCGCCACCCUCCAUGCUCAUGGGGUUUUGUGACACCCUCCAAAUCUCAGUCCAGGCUUGGCUUGGAUAUGACUUGAGGAGUGACUCAGUUGCAAGGCUUUCUGCGCAAUGAAUACCCAAACAGGGCCGUCCAUUCUUUCCAAUCAUCAUAGCAGUCAGUGGUACCACACUUCUGAGGGGCCUUCUUUCUGGUGGGCGGCCUCCCACCUCCUCCUUCCGACCCAUGGCAUACCUCCUACCUUUCCAAAGUGAAGUUCACGAGACGAAUUUACGGCUGUGUGGUUUCAAAACGGCAUAACCAACCUGGAGUAGGGUCAAGCCCGUUCAUACUGAAGGCGCUGAUUCUUCUGAGUUGACCAAGAAGCAUGACAUACGAAUUCAACUGAUCCAUUCAUCCAGUAACCCUUUAACAACACUCGCCGAAAAAAGGAACACAUAUUACAAAGCCCACCAUGCCUCGUUUCAAACCCACCUCGGCAGCCAGGACGAGAUUCUCGGCACCACUCGAUGCCGUGAACCUCCAGACACUCAAGUCCGGCUUUUCCGGCCAGGUUGAGCGUGAACGCAUGUCCCGACUUCGGAGUAAGAUCGAAGAAGUGCGCGCUGCUUGGUUGGAUAAUGGCGCAUAUGCGCAACUUGUGGAGGCCGUGCGGAGAUGGUGUAAGCCCGAGAGGCUCCCGGAAGAGGUGCGCGAACCACUUGAACGACUUCUCAGUGGUUACCGCGACUACGCCGACGUUUCGGUCAGUCGCCCUUCUGAUAUCGGUACCACUGACAGCAGCGAGCAGUACGAUGCUCUGGAAAUGUACUGCUCGGUUCCGGGAUACGACUACCUCUUCAAACUGGUCAGUGACACCCUUCGUACGGAACACGCUUCUGAAGAGCAUCUCCUGGUUGCUACCACACUCAUCGAGUUCCUGACCAUUGACCUGUAUAAUCUCCGGCUGUCUCAACUUGGUGAUCCACGCUAUGGAAACUUUGAGGGUCUCACGCAUCGCGGAAUGCCUGUCUACCAGGAAACCGUCCGCUUCUAUGAAGAUAUUAUGCGGAACCCCGACUUGACGAUGCGCGGCUUUGCUAUCCCCUUAGCCUUGACGUCAACCAGCGCCGAUCCCAGGGUCAUGGAAGACUUCGCGACGAAGAAGUCACCGGGGGGCGAACGAUUGGUGCACAUGCACCUUCAGGUCCAUACGAGGGGCAUUGAUGAGGGCCUUCUCAGGGCCUAUCGAAAGCAAUACCCGGACAGCGUGGUCACUUCGAUCUGUGCCAUGCCGGUGGCCAAUAUUUCGCCGGAGGGUGAAAGGGAGAUUUUGCUCAGAGGGGCAUUCUUCCAGUUGUUGUCUGUCACCACCAAGCCAAACAGAGGGAAUCGUGUGCCCAUUGUGCAAGUCAUUGUUGUCACUAUGAACUCCAAUCGCGACCACUCGACCGAGUCUUCCAUAAACGUUGACGAGAAGAGAGUUCAGCGCGAGAUCUUCCGGCGACUGGUUGAUGCGUCCAAGUACCGGGCAUGUGCAGAACUGGCAGCAGAGUUCGCACCUGCAGACGUUCAGGGAUACAGGAUGUUGGCUGAUAAGAUGUUGAGCGAGAUUUUUGAUAUGAAGAAACUCGACUUUGAUGAACUCGACGGAGGGUCUGGUGGUACGCGAGGCCUCCAAAAGGAAGAUGUGGCGCUAUGGCUGGGAGGAAAAUUGGCUAGCAGCUAUCCAAGACAAUAUGCUCUGCGACGCAAGCAGUGGCACCAAGCGCUGGUGAACAAGGACUGGACUGGGGCCCGGAAGACGCUCAGCAAGGAAUACAGCUGGCGACAAUGUGACUGGUAUAAUACUGGGCCUUUGGAUGCCGAAGGCGAUGAUGGUCUUUCAGCGCUGCAUAUAAUUGCUGGUAGCAGGCCGCCCGAGGACAAGUACUCUGAGGAGUACCGAGCAUGGGAAGAGCUCGUCGAAGAAGCUCAAGCAAAUUCUCGUGUGUGGAAAACCUUGAAGUCCUUUGGAGGGAAAGGGAAGACCGCACGAGACACGGCAUAUAACCAAGAGCUGGCGGAAGCAUUCAAGCCGGAAAUUUUGCAUCAUGUGGAGGAAAGAAGACUCCUUUAUCUGGAAGAGCAGCUUCACAGAUUGAUGAAGGAUACUGCUGGUCGUCUUGUCGGCCCUUCUCGAUUCAGGAUGCCACAACUGUCAUGUUUAACAGAGAUGGAGGACCCAAGGUUGUGGAUCCCAAUACCACAUCUAUACGGAGGCUUCGAGGUUGAGUUACUGCCAUCUGAGCAAGCUCUCCGAGUGACAACUAUCAAAACCAUUGCCGGUCAGACGUUUCCUCGGUCCACUAUACAGGUGUUGGAAUCCACCCCGAUGAGCGCCUUCGAGGUUAUCGAGAUGGAAGACUUGCUGACAGAAGAAAUUGUGAAGUUGACUGUCCAGCUGACUGUCAUUCCGCUUUCAAAAGAGGCGGUUUAAGUCUAUAAGUAUUUUUUUGGGUCACAACCAUUGUCGCUUCAUGCGGAAGUGAGGUAUGUUAGCAGACAGUUUCGGCAAUGGAGAGCGAGUCGAAAGGAUCUUGGAAGUCUGCGCAUCUACGGUGCCGGACCAGUUAUACACCAAGCUUGUUAUGCGCAACGGAGGGGGUUCCGCGUUUCCUACCGCGGUGGUUUUGGAAGCUCGAAUCGUAUUCGGCU